GACGGUUGUGUGCGAUUCAUUCCUUGCUUGAUUGCAGAGCGGUAAUUUCUUUCCUUCCUCCUCGUGUCUUCUUCUGUCCUGUAUCCUCCUCCGUCCUCCGUGUGAACAUCGUCGCUUUUGGUCCGACUGUUUUUUUUCCUAAGCUCUUGAGAUAGCAUAUCCCGCCUGUGCCUACCUAUACUCCUACACCUUCACCUUCACCUUCACCUUCACGUACAUCUACACCUACAACACGCCGUGCAAUGUCGACUAAGGAGGAGGUCAAGGCCGUCGUCAAGGAGGAGGCAACAGUAGCAAAGUCCGCCCUGGCAACACAGGCACGUUCGUUCGUCGCCGGCGGUGUCGGAGGUGUCUGCGCGGUAGUUACAGGACAUCCCUUCGACCUCGUCAAGGUGCGACUACAGACGGCCGAGAAGGGAGUUUACACAGGAGCUCUGGAUGUGGUCAAGAGGACGAUUGCGCGCGAGGGGUUGGUGCGGGGUAUGUACGCCGGAGUUUCCGCGCCGCUGAUCGGAGUAACGCCGAUGUUCGCGGUAUCAUUCUGGGGCUACGGGGUCGGCAAGGACCUUGUGCGGCAGGUGUCGGCCGUGGACGAGAGGACGGGCUUCUCGAUCGCGCAGAUCUCGGCCGCCGGAUUUUUCUCGGCAAUCCCGAUGACGCUCAUCACGGCGCCGUUCGAGCGGGUAAAGAUCAUGUUGCAGCUGCAGGGACAGCAGAAGGGCCCGCCGAAGUACAAGUCGUCGACCGACGUCGUGCGGCAGCUCUACAAGACCGGAGGUGUUGCGAACGUCUUCCGUGGCGCUGGGGCAACGCUGGCUCGUGACGGACCUGGAUCCGCCGCGUACUUCGCCACCUACGAGUACCUCAAGCGACGGCUGAGCCCUGAGAAUGGAGAGCUCAGUCUGGGUGCGGUAUCGUUCGCCGGUGGUGCCGCCGGUGUCUCCAUGUGGCUGCUGGUGUUCCCCGUCGACACGGUUAAGAGCAGACUACAAGGAGCUACGGAGAAGACUAGUGUUGGAAAGGUCGUCAGGGACGUCUAUGCCAAGGGCGGAAUCAAGGGAUUCUUCCCUGGUGUUGGGCCGGCGAUGCUGAGGAGUUUCCCGGCAAAUGCGGCGACGUUCGUUGGGUUGGAGUUGACGUACAAAGCAUGGGAUAAGGUUUUCUGAGCGGGCGAGAGGAGGUGGGAGAGAUGG